AAAUCUAGAGAGAGAAAGCAACAAGACAGAAAAGAGAAGAAGAGAGAAAGGAACCAAACAAAAACGAAGAAGAAAGAAAGAGCCAAAAGCAUCUUAUUCUCUUCUCUUUCAUCUUUCUUUCUUUUUCCCACACACACACACACUCUCUCUCUCUCUCUAAAUCCACCAUUUUCUAGGUCGCAUUUUCUCGCUCUAUAAUAUGAUGAUGAUGAUGCAAUCUUUGUUUUUUGUGUGCGCGUGCGUGAUUUGAAAUCUGGUGGUGUGCGAGUGUGAGUGAGUGAGUGAGAGAGAGAGGAGGAGCGGAGGUUUCGGUUCGGCUCCGGCUAGAUCGGCGAUGGCGGAGGUUUCCGGCGACGGCGGAGGAGUGCCGACGCCGGCGCCGCUUUCGGUGUCGGGAUCGUUCAGGGAAGGGAGAAGCGGCUCGUCGCGUAGGCGCGGCGGAGCGAGGCCGCCCAGUAUGGAUGCCGACGAGUUCAUGAACCUGCUGCACGGUUCGGAUCCGGUGAAGGUGGAGCUCAAUCGCCUCGAGAAUGAAGUUCGAGAUAAGGACAGGGAAUUAUCAGAAGCACAGGCUGAGAUCAAAGCCCUGAGACACUCUGAACGACUCAGAGAAAAGGCCGUUGAAGAGUUAACUGAAGAAUUGUCAAAGGUUGAAGGGAAGCUAAAGUUAACGGAAUCUCAUCUAGAAAGCAAAAAUCUUGAAAUAAAGAAAAUCAACGAUGAAAAGAAAGCAUCAAUGGCAGCUCAGUUUGCAGCUGAAGCUACUCUUCGAAGGGUCCAUGCUGCUCAGAAGGAUGAUGACAUGCCUCCUAUAGAAGCAAUUCUUGCUCCUUUGGAGGCUGAACUCAAGCUUGCUCGGCAAGAGAUUGCUAAACUACAAGAUGAUAACAAAGCUUUAGAUCGUCUUACCAAAUCUAAAGAAGCUGCACUACUUGAAGCUGAGAAGACUGUUCAGGUUGCCUUGGCUAAGGCCUCCAUGGUAGAUGACCUCCAAAACAAAAAUCAAGAGCUAAUGAAACAGAUUGAGAUUUGCCAGGAAGAAAAUAAAAUUUUGGACAAAAUGCAUAGACUAAAGGUGGCAGAGGUUGAAAAGCUCACCCAAACUGUAAGAGAGCUGGAAGAGACUGUCCUUGCAGGUGGGGCAGCUGCUAAUGCAGUGAGAGAUUAUCAGCGGAAAGUUCAAGAAAUGAAUGAAGAAAGAAAAACUCUUGACAGGGAGUUGGCCCGUGCCAAGGUAACCGCAAACAGAGUAGCUGUUGUGGUUGCAAAUGAAUGGAAAGAUGCUAAUGAUAAAGUGAUGCCUGUCAAACAAUGGCUUGAAGAACGUCGAUUCUUGCAGGGGGAAAUGCAGCAACUUCGUGACAAGCUUGCUAUAGUUGAGCGCACUGCAAAGUCUGAAGCGCAGUUGAAAGAAAAAUAUCAAUUACGACUUAAAGUACUGGAGGACGGUUUGAGGGGAAAUUCGAACGGCAGUAAUCGUAGCACCUCAGAGGGAAGAAGUGCGAGCAAUGGCCCUUCUCGUCGGCAAUCUUUUGGUGGAGCUGAUAACUUCUCAAAACCAACCUCUAAUGGGUUCUUGUCUAAGAGAACACCAUCAUUUCAACUGAGGUCAUCCCUAUCCUCUAGCACAGUUUUAAAGCAUGCUAAAGGAACAUCUAAGUCUUUUGAUGGUGGUUCAAGGACACUGGAAAGGAGUAAAAUUCUGCUGAAUGGAACGCCUCCAAGUUACUCAUUUAAUCAAUCUCUUGAGGAAAACAAAGAGAGAGAGGCAGAUGAUAAUUGGAAAGGAAGUUCGAAUGAUAAACCAAAUGACUUACCAACGGUGGAGGAUAGUGUUCCGGGUGUUUUGUAUGACCUGCUUCAGAAGGAGGUCAUAGCCUUGAGGAAAGCUGGUCACGAGAAAGAUCAAAGCCUAAAAGAUAAAGACGAUGCUAUUGAGAUGUUAGCUAAGAAGGUAGAUACAUUGACCAAAGCCAUGGAAGUUGAGGCAAAGAAGAUGAGAAGGGAAGUAGCCUCCAUGGAAAAGGAGGUAGCUGCUAUGCGUGUGGAUAAAGAACAAGAGAACAGAGCAAAGCGAUUCAGCAGUGUAAAGGGGCCUGUAAACAGUGCUCAGCAUCAGCUAAUUUCUGGAAGGAAUGUGACGCGGGGAGGAUUAACACGCAGCACCCAAUAACAGUGACACUUGGGAGUAUUCCAUAAACUCAUAGGCAUCAUUCUUCUGCUCUCUCUGCUUUUAUCUUUGUUUUUGUAUCCAAUUGACUAUAAGAUUGUAACUGGCAUGCUGAGGAUGAGUUUCUGAUGUCGGCCAUGGAUUGGGGGAUAAGAAAAGAAUUUUCAGGAAUCGGUAUGCAUCUGACCUAGAUUGUUGUUGUAUCCUCUGCUUAGAGUGAGCUGCUAAGAAGGCAGGCAACGGAAGACAAUUAACUUGGGCUAACCUUCAUAUUUUCUUGAGUUGUGUGGUUGUAUAGGUAGCUUUCUCCCUUAUUUACUCCUUUUUGCAGUUUAUAUUUUCCAUAUAAAGAUAGUGUGAUUGCGUUGGUUCAGGUUUUUUAAUAUCUCUGUAAACAGAUCAAGAUCUAAGCUUAUUCAGUUGUGUAAGUUUAUAGUUUCAAGUUGAUUACAAAUCUAUAUUUGAGUGAA